CUCUUCGUUCCAUUUAGAAGUGGAAUUGCAGGAACCAAACAUUUUGGAGUAUCUAUCCUACUGCCGUGCAAUUGCUUCAUUCAAUCGGAGUAAAAGAUUAGAAAGCCAUAUGGGGUGCCAUCUCUCCUCCGGCUUCCUACAAUUGUCAAUUGCUUCCACCAUUGAAUUUUGUUUCUGCAAUUCCUUCCUCUCUUGAUCGAAAUUGGUUGUUGCAAUUCCUUCCUCUGUUGAAAAGCAUCACAGUGAGCACAACGAGUUUGAUUUUGAAGCCAUCUAUGGCAGUAUGCCCAAAAGAUCUCAAAGUCAUCCUGUUGCGGCGGCCGGUGGUCCUGUUCACGGCUGCCUCAGUUAACGUCAUCCUCGUAUGGAGCUUGAAAGAGAGACACGGAGUCUUUGGUACGGAAGGAGUACCGACGAGAGUUCAGAGGAGAUGAGGGGUAUAUUUGGUCCAAGCUAAAUACCCUUUCCAUUAUAACCCUCCUGAUGUUUGAAUUAAUUACAAAAUAACCAAUAAGUAAUUAAAAGCUAUCCAACUCCAGCUUCCAACUUUGAGAAAAGGGGCAAAUAAGGUCAUGUACUAACAAAAAAAGGUCAAAUAAGGCCUUAUUUAGGAGACUUUGUCUGGCCAUCGCCAUUUGAGGUGGUUCCCGGUGGAUUUUUUUUAUGAAAUUUUUUGAGCAUCUCAUUCAUUAAGUCUAGUUUACUCAUACCAAAUUUCAGCUAAAACUUCAAUCGGGAAGACAUUCAAAUGAAUUUUUGUAGAUAACUGCACAUUUAAAAGCGCAUUUAUCUUCAAGAAUUCAUUUGAAUGACUUCCCGAUUAAAUUGUUAGUUGAAAUUUGGUAUGAGUAAACUAGACUUAAUGAAUAAAAAGCUCAAAAAAUUUCAUCAAAAAAUUCCUCUGGGAAACAGCCCAAAUGGCGACGACCGGACAGAACCUCCUAAAUAAGGCCUUAUUUGAUCUUUUUUUGUUAGUACAUGACCUUAUUUGCUCAUUUUCCCUCCAACUUUUGGAUUUAAAGUGUUCUUUUAAGUAGAAAUGAAGAUUUGCAAACACUACUUUCUACUUUUUUUUUAAGCUAGAAGCUCAAAAGCACUUAAUUUAGGGUAUGUUUGGCACAACUAGCUGAAAAGAUACUUUUGAGAACUUUUUAGUAACUGUUAGCUUUUAGUGACUAAAAAGAUCUUAAAAAGAAAAUGUGGUAGCUGUUUGGUAAAAAGCUGACUGUUUGAUUUAGUUCGGUUUGGUAUACAAGCUGUUAUGACUAAUUAAUACUAAAAGUCACAGGCUUUUCUCAGAUGCUACACCCAGUAGCAUCUCAAAAAAGAGCUUUUAUAUUUUGAAAAGCUCUUAAAAAAAGUCAUGCCAAACAUACAACUAGAGUCUUUUAAGAACUUUUUAAAGAAUAAAGAAGCUAUAAGCUAGAGACUUUUGCAUACCAAACAUAGGCUAUGUUUGGCGGACAUAAGUCUCUAACUUCUGGCUUUUGUACUAUUUAAAAAGUCUCUAAAAGCUGCUAGUUGUUUGUUUGGCAUGCCGAAUUUUAAGAGCUUUUCAAAAAAUAAAAGAUCUUUUCUGAGAUGCUACAGGUAGUAGCAUUUAAGAAAAGCCUGUGACUUUUAGCUUUAAUUAAUCCUAACAGCUUGUAUACCAAACAGAACUAAAUCAAACAGUCAGCUUUUUACCAAACAGCUACCACCUUUUACUUUUAAGAUCUUUUCAGUCACUAAAAGCUAUCAGUUACUAAAAAGUUCACAAAACGAUCUUUUCAGCUAAUUGUGCCAAACAUAGUCAUAGCCUUAAUGAAAUGCAAACACUGCUAUAGUAGCUCUCAUUUGUCAAAUCUGUGAAUUUGGAGCUCGGUCUGAAUGAAUGGCUCUGUUAAGAGCUUUCUCCCCCUCUACUUCUCUGCUUAGUCACUCGGUGCGAUUAAUGGCAAAUCGCUGUUUUCUGACUCACUCUCACACCUGCGUUCCUUUUCUCUCUCCCUUAUUCGCUGCUUCCCGCCCGUCCCUUCUUCUUACCAACUUCAGGAGAAAUGCUAGCUUGAGAUGGCAUCCAAAUAGAGAUUUACUUAGCAGUGUUCGAUGUACUAAAUCUUUAAUGGCAUCAAGCAUUGCCAUGGAAGCUUUUAGAGAAGGAACUGGCUCAAAAGAUUAUGGUUCCGAACAGAUUCAGAUUUUGCAAGGUUUAGAUCCUGUUAGAAAAAGGCCUGGAAUGUAUAUCAGAAGCACUGGUCCUCGUGGACUGCAUUAUCUGAAUUGUAUUAACGCCGUCCCAGUUGGAAUCUCUCCAUUCUCGCAUUUGUUCACCAUCCUCAUCAAUUCGGCUAGUUUUUCUAAAUCAAGAGAAACUCAACCCUCUCAUUCUGUAGUGGACCAAAGGAUUUUGAAUGAAAUAAUUUCUAAAAUGGAGGAGUCACCGUCUGCUGGAUAUGAAAUAUGUCAUGCAUACACUCAUAAACUAUGCAGUAAUGGAAAUGUUCAUGGUGCUGCUAUGCUGAUGCAGUCUCUGCAUGAGAAAAAUAUUUUCCUUGGCCCAUGUGCAUACACUUGCCUCAUCGAAGCAGCUGGUGAGCAGAAUGAUGUAAAUAUUGUUUGUCAAAGUUUCAAGCAUUUGUUGGGGUCGUGUGAAUCAAUCGAUUCAACUUCCUAUCACAUCCUCGCCAAAGUAUUUAUAAUGAAAGGUGAUGAUGCGGGCUUACUUGGAUUUUGUAGAGAAGUCUGUGACCUAAUACCUCAAAGAAAUGUGACAACUAUGAACAGGAUUAUCUAUGCCUUUGCGAAGCAUAGACAGGUGGAAAAGGCUAUGUUGGUUUUUGGUCAAAUGAAAACAUCAAACUGCAAACCAGAUUUGGUCACUUAUAAUACUGUUUUAUAUAUUCUUUGCCAGACGGGUAGAAUAGAUGAAAUGCUCCAUGUGUAUGCAUCCAUGAAGGAGGAAAAUUUUGUUCCAGAUAUAAUUUCUUUCAACACUCUAAUAAAUGGGUUCCGGAAGGUAGGCAGAUUAGAGUUAUGUGGACUUUAUUUCAAGGAAAUGCUUGAGAAGGGAAUUGAACCGGAUUUGCAAACAUAUACUGCAUUGAUCGAUACCUUCAGCAGAUCAGGGAAUAUUGAGGAAUCAUUGAGACUUUUCAAUGAGAUGAAACACAAUGGGAUCUCCCCAUCUAUUCAAAUUUACCAACUGCUAAUUAGUAAUCUAAAAAAGAACGGAAAGUUGAAGUUAGCUGAAUCUUUCUCACAGGAGAUGAAAGCAUCACUUCCUGGUCUGCGUGAUCCAAAUGAUUUUAGAAGGAAAAAGACAGUUUCUGUGAACACUUCAAAUUUGGAUUCUAAUUGGAGUUACACUCCACCUGCAACUUUUGAUGCUUCCUCUCCUAGAUCCACUUAACCGUGACACUGAAAUUAACAAGUUUCCUGUUAAUCAACUAUUGAUUAAUUUAGUUUAGUUUAGUUUAGACUCAACUAUGUAACUGUUUUGUGUUUCUUUUGGUUGUAAGCAGAAGUACAUAUGUAACACUUGGUCAAAAUUUUAAAUAUUUUUACUCUUCAAUGUGGUUUUGUUUUUGUUUAUUAAUUGAAGUUUUGCAUCAAAGUUCUGC